AUGGAUCACUUUCCGACAGUACUGCAACGGCCGCCGCAUUUUGACGAGGAUGGGAGUGCAGGCACAGGCAGGAUGAGGAGCAAUGUUGUUGGUAAUGGCAGCAGCAACGGGGCAAGGGAUGAUCGAGGGUUGCGUGGCGGGCUGCGCGACAUCCUGAACCCCGUCGGCUCGGCCUCGCAGACAAUGCCCUCUGCCAGCCAUGGCGGCACCCAUAGCACUCCAGGGACACCUGGAGCACCUGCGCCUCCUCGCCCACACUCGUCCUUCAGUCUGAGAUCGCCAACGCAGACAGGUAACCACCACGCAAGCCCCUACAGUGCACCGACAUCGUCAGCAGCAGCAACAAGCAGCCAGCAGCCUGCCGGAGCCUGUUCGAUGCUCAACAACCCGUUCGUGACUGCGUCAACGCCAUUUCCUCCUCCACCUCUGCAGGCUCCACCGAGCCUUGCAUCUUCACGGACCAGUCCGUCAGGCCUGCAACAUCCACCGCGGUCGCCAUUACAUGCUCCUCCCGUGUACUAUCCCUCGGAUGUGCGUGACCGUGAUUUGGUUCGCGACCAGCAGACUUCAUUGAGCUUCUACGACCCCACGACCGACUCAAAGCGAGACCGCGACCGUGAACGCGACCGCGAGCGUGAGCGCACUGGCUCAGAUCCGGAAUCAGGUGCCUGGAGCACCUCAACACAAAACUCUCCGCCAAAGCGGCAAUUACCCUUCUGCCACUGGGUCGUAUCCUCCUCGCAGUCCUGUUGUUCGCCCUCAUCCUGCUCCUCCCGCGGGAUCUAUGAGUCCGUCGGCUGGAAGCCGCACGGUCACAUCUCCCAGUUUGAGGCACCUUGCCAUGCCCAGCACCCAUUCGAGCCAGUCAGCAUCAACCGUGCUUCCACCUCUAGCACGGACCGAAACGCCGGCUCCAUCGGCUCGGGCGACACCAGCCUCGAAUAGCCUAUCUCUAAGCCCAGACCGACAUCACCGAUCUCCUUGGACAAUAAUCCCGCCAUGGUUGCAAGGACAGAACCUGCUGAGCGGCCAGACAAAGGUGAAAAGGAUAAAAAGCAAUCUCGGAAGAUCAUCAAAACACGAGUUUCCGACAUAAAGAGUGCCGAAUCCACCCCGAAGAUGACCCGUAAAUCUGCUGUAAAGCCCGAAACUCCAACCAUGCUCCGCAUCCCGACAAAAAGAACGGCGAACGGGAGUAUGAAGCACAAGGCUUUCUCGGCUGAUAAGGAAAAGACCAUCCGGGACAUCAUGGAUCAGUUCGAUUAUGAGUCCAUUGAUGAAACAGAAUUCGAGGAUGAGUUGCUUGCAUGGAAGGAACGUGCCAGGCGUCGCCGACAGGAGAUGAAUCGCCGUGAUUUUAUCCAUCGGCAGUCUCGCCGCAGCGAUUUCGCCGAAACUGAGGCGCUCAAGUUACAGAUUCAUGCCAAUCUGGGCAAGGCGAGAUACUCCGACCUUCAUUAUGACGAAGCUCUUCAAGAAGUCCGUGAACAGGAACUUUGGGCUGAGAAAGAACGCAAGAAGGAUAUGCAGCGUAAGCGGCGUCGCGAGAAGUCGAUGGCAGCCACGCUCGAGCAACAAGCAGCAGCUCUUCAGAAGGCAUCGCAAGCAGAGGAUGAAGCCGAACGUUUGAAGUACAUCCGCGAGGCUGAGCGUGCCAACAAGAAAGUCCAGCAAACCAAGUACAUUCUACAGAAAGGUAUCAAAGGUCCUGCGCGCAAUCUCCCUCCGAUCGAACCCAAUUUGGAGGGCGGUACCAUGGCCACGUUCUCUGCCGAGAACAUGGAGCCUGGUAAGGUCAAAGGCAAGGGUCGUGGAGGAAGGCUUAAAAAGUCUAAGGAGCAGAAACAAGCGGAAAAGGAACAAGCUGAGCUCGCCCAGGCUGCGAUUGACGCUGGCGAAGAGCCCCCCAGCAAAGAAGAGACCAAGAUUCGCAUCAAGCUUAGCAAGGCUAAAGCAUCUGCCAAGGAAGAGGCAGAGAAGGAUAAGGAAAACAAGGAGCCUAAGCAGCCUAAAGAACCCGAGAAGCCUGUGGAGGAGCCGAAGGAUCCCCUGGAGCUCAAGUUUCAGUCCAAAGGCUACAACCAGAUUUACGAUCAGAUCUGGCGUGAUCUGGCUCGCAAAGAUGUUAGCAAAGUUUUCAGGCUGGCUACGGACUCGUACGCUACCAAAGCUUCCAACCUCAAGAAGACGGCCAUCCUGGCUUCCAAGGAAGCCAAACGCUGGCAACUGCGUACCAACAAGGGCACAAAGGAUCUCCAGGCUAGGGCGAAACGUGUCAUGCGUGACAUGAUGGGCUUCUGGAAGCGGAACGAGCGUGAAGAGCGCGAUUUACGCAAGGCUGCUGAAAGGCUCGAACUCGAGAAUGCUCGCAAAGAAGAAGCCGAUCGCGAAGCUGCGCGCCAGAGGAGAAAGCUCAACUUCCUAAUUUCUCAGACCGAGCUCUACUCUCACUUUAUCAGCAAGAAGAUCAAGACUCACGAGGUCGAGCGUAGUACCGACCACCCUGACGUGGCAACCGAUGAGAAGGACAAGAUUCCUGAGCCAACAUUGAACAUCAAUGUCCCUGAGCCGACUGGACCUAUUGCGCCCAAGGUCACCGAUUUCAACAGUCUCGACUUUGAUAACGAGGAUGAAUCGGCGCUUCAGGCGGCUGCCAUGGCGAACGCGCAAAACGCCAUUGCUGAGGCUCAAAAGAAGGCACGAGAGUUCAACAAGGACGAGACCAAGCUUGAUGAGGACGGUGAGAUGAAUUUCCAGCACCCAGAGCUUACCGAAUUCGAGGUUGCGCAGCCAAAGUUACUCAACUGUCAACUCAAAGAAUACCAGUUGAAAGGUCUCAAUUGGCUGGUCAACCUGUACGAACAAGGCAUCAACGGCAUCCUCGCCGACGAAAUGGGUCUUGGCAAAACUGUUCAAUCUAUUUCCGUCAUGGCUUACCUGGCGGAGCGCUACGACAUUUGGGGUCCUUUUCUCGUCGUCGCUCCGGCAUCCACCCUGCACAACUGGCAACAAGAGGUUUCCAAGUUUGUCCCCGAUUUCAAAGUGCUUCCAUACUGGGGCACUGCGGCAGACCGCAAAGUGUUGCGCAAGUUCUGGGACCGCAAACAUACGACUUACAAGAAGGACUCUCCCUUCCAUGUGAUGAUUACGUCCUACCAGCUGGUUGUUUCCGACGUCGCCUAUUUUCAGAAGAUGAAAUGGCAGUACAUGAUUCUCGACGAGGCCCAAGCCAUCAAGAGCUCGCAGAGCUCCCGCUGGAAGUGCCUUCUGGGCUUCCAUUGCCGUAACCGGUUGUUACUUACUGGUACGCCGAUUCAGAAUAACAUGCAGGAACUCUGGGCGCUUCUGCACUUCAUCAUGCCUUCUCUCUUCGACUCUCACGACGAAUUCAGCGAGUGGUUUUCUAAAGAUAUCGAGUCACACGCACAGAGCAAUACGAAGUUGAAUGAAGAUCAACUCAAACGCCUGCACAUGAUUCUCAAACCGUUCAUGCUGCGUCGUGUUAAAAAGCAUGUCCAAAAGGAGCUAGGCGACAAGAUUGAGAUUGAUGUCUUCUGCGAGCUGUCGUAUCGCCAGCGCGCCAUGUACCAGAGCCUGCGCAACCAAAUUAGCAUCAUGGAUCUGAUCGAGAAGGCAACGGUCGGCGACAACGAAGAUUCGGCAACGCUUAUGAACCUUGUGAUGCAAUUCCGAAAGGUCUGCAACCAUCCAGACUUGUUUGAGCGUGCCGACACUUCCUCUCCUUUCUUCUGCGGGCACUUUGCGGAAACGGGAUCUUUUCUUCGUGAGGGCACGAACGUCGCUCUGGGCUACUCGACGCGAAGCUUGGUUGAAUAUCGGCUGCCACGACUCAUCUGGUGCGACGGUGGCCGCCUAGAUAAACCUGGCCCUGGCAAUCUGGUGGCGGGCUUCCGCAGCAAGUACCUCAACCAUAUGAUGAACAUUUGGACACCAGAGAACAUUCGUUCAAGUCUAGAAGGCAUUGAAAACUUCACGUGGCUCCGCUUCGUCGAUACCAGUCUUCAGGAGGCUUACCGCGCCAGCCAUACAGACGUCUUUGCCCGUGCGGUCGACCUAGCAAGUAAGCAGAACCGGCUUGGCCACAUGCAGAUUGUGUACGAUGAACCAGAAGACAAGAAGUGGACGCCAGUCCAUGCACUAUUCCAGAUCUGCGAACGGGAAAAUCCUAAGGCAGUUGCCGAAAUCACCACCGAAGGCGUGCUUCGUGAUCUCAUGAACAUUGCACGCGUCAAGUAUCGAGAGCUUGGUCUCUGCAGGCUUGAGAAAGCGGCUCGCCCCCGUGCCUCGGCACCCCCAAUCGAGGUUGUUUGCGAUAGCCGUAGUGCCGUUAUCGAGCGGGAAAAUAUCAUGUUCCAUCCCGCCAUGCGCAAGGCACUGUUUGGCCCGACCCCAUCGGAAAUCAAAGAAGCGUCGUUUGGCCCAAGGCCAGUCACCCUCUAUCCGCCUCGGGCCCUGCUCCCGGCUCCGGAUCACGACAAGCAACGCUUCACAAAUAUCACGGUCCCGUCGAUGGCACGGUUUGUUACCGAUUCUGGCAAGCUUGCCAAGCUGGACGAGCUUCUUCGCGAACUCAAGGAAGGUGGCCAUCGUGUGCUGCUCUACUUCCAGAUGACUCGCAUGAUCGACCUUAUGGAGGAGUACCUGACGUACCGCAAUUACAAGUACUGCCGCUUGGACGGGUCAACCAAACUCGAAGACCGCCGCGAUACUGUUGCCGACUUCCAGACGCGGCCCGAAAUCUUUAUCUUCCUGCUUUCUACCCGUGCAGGUGGUCUUGGUAUCAAUCUUACCACCGCCGAUACGGUAAUCUUCUACGACUCAGAUUGGAACCCAACAAUCGACUCGCAAGCCAUGGAUCGUGCUCACCGCCUCGGCCAGACAAAGCAAGUCACGGUCUAUCGUCUCAUUACCCGUGGCACGAUCGAAGAGCGCAUUCGCAAGCGUGCUUUGCAGAAGGAAGAGGUGCAACGUGUUGUCAUCACUGGUACUGGUAGUGUUGAUUUUAGCGGGCGUAGGCCUCCCGAGAAUCGCAACCGCGACAUCGCCAUGUGGCUGGCCGAUGAUGAGCAGGCUGAGAUGAUCGAACGCCGCGAAAAGGAACUUAUCGAGAGUGGAGAGUACGACAAGAUCAUGCAGCAGAGGAGGAAGGGUGGAAAGAGAAAGAGAGGUGCCGCCAAUGGCGACACUGUGCCUAGUCUGGAGGACAUGUAUCAUGAGGGCGAGGGCCAUUUUGACGAUAAUAAAGGCUCAGGAGCGGCUACUCCCGUCGACGCCGACAGUCUAGGCCGCGGCGGCAAGCGCAAGAAGGCUGGAGGCAGCAAAAAAGCCAAGACAACCAAGCAGCGGUUGGCUAUAGCUGAUGGAGAAAUCGACAUCUAA